AAGCCCAAUAAAGAUGAACUAGGUGAUUUGGAGUCAGAUGUGAAAGAGAAAACGUUGGCUAGCGCAGACCGCACAUUGCAGCAUCAUACAUGCACCGAAUCACCCGACACUGAAUCCGACGAGGAUGAACGGGAACGCUCCGUAUCUGAUAUCAUCACGGUUCAUGAUGAAUCAACCGCUUCUGAACGCCAACAACGUUUCGAUUUACUCUCGAUUCCACCAAAUCCCAAAACCUUGGCUCAACGCAGCCGCCAAGUGAGCAUGGAAAGGCUACAGACUGUCGGACAGGGUCCCGUGGUGGCUGCAAUUCGCACUACAGAUGUGGAUCCCGGCCUGCUUGUUAGACGUCGAGGUGAGACCGCAGAAGAAAAACAGAGACGGAAACUGGCCGUGAAACAGCAUCGUCAGGAACGUCGAAAAAUCCGCAAAACCAAUCAAGCAAACUUCCGAGCGGAACACGAACGCCAGAUGAAGACACAACUUAAAACAUUAACCAUUAGCUGA